AUGGCCUCUUCCAUGGCUGCCGAACACCCUCCCCUCCCAUCCCCUCCGCCAGCAUACCUCCGAUCAACGCCUCCGUUCCCCUCCCCCUCCCACGAGGCAACCCCACGCACAAUUCCCCAGCGCUCCCAGGGCGGCCAACUUGCGCGUAAACCCAUCUCAGUGGUGACCCCGGACUCCGAGACCACGCCAGUCAUUCAAGAUUCCCCGCGAUCUCCGGUCAGAAUCGACUAUGGCGCUAAAAUCCCCCCGGCAUCCACCGCCCAGAUCGAGCACUUUGUCAAUGUGCCCGAACCACCACAGCUGGAGAUUCCCGAAUUCAUGAACAUGUCUAUCGAGGACCAUGCACAGCCACGACAACCUUGGAAUCCGGCAUUCCCACCAAGGCGAGACUCCAUGCAAGCCCCGCAAUAUGCGUCGCAGCAUCCGUACGGUCAUACCCCGGCCAGCAGCGGGUCGUGGUCAGUGGUUGAAAACCAAGUGAAGGAAGAUGACCAGGAUCCGAAGAAAAGCGGUUCCUUGCGCGAGCAAGAGGGAUUGAGCCAUAAUAGUUCCUCGCGCGGUAGCUUGGAAAGUGUGGCACAGACUUCAGAUGGCUACGAGCCGCUGACCUAUCAUCACCAGCAACAGCAGCAGAGUGCAUCCAAUGUGCGGCAAUCCACGUUGGGAAUGAACUUGGCGGACAAACCUUCUGGUUCGACGGGUAAUCUGGCUGUGCGGCGAUCUCGAGUUUCACGACCCCUGUCAAAUUACUCUUCGACGUCGGAUGUAGGUCGUGGGAACCACCGCCGCAAUCUCUCUGCAUCGCCGUAUAUGCAGGGCCGAUCAUCAUCACGCAAUUCUACCGCAUCUCCGGAUAAUCGCUCACUCUCAGUUUUGGAUCUGCUAAACACAUCAUACCCUCAAGCUGGCCCUACAGCCCCGCAAUUCGAUAAUGCGCUCCUCCGGUCCGCCGUCGGCAACAAUGCCUCCUUGCUGAGCCACAAGCAAACAUUCGAGAUGUACCUCGCAAAUGUCAAGAAAACCGACGAGCCCGCAGUGCAAUACGAAUUCGCCGUGUUCAUGAUCAACUCCAUGCGUGAGAUGCCCUCCGUCGAUCUCGAAGACUCUACCUCCAUCACCCGCCAACGGCUCAUGCGCGAGUCGAAAUCUAUUCUCCAACGUCUCGCAGACCGCAGCUACCCGUUUGCACAGUACUAUCUCGCGGACGGGUACGCCUCGGGACUAUUCAAUAAAGGCAAAGAAGACUAUGAACGCGCCUUCCCCACCUUCCUCGCAGCCAGCAAACACGGCCACGUCGAAGCGUGCUACCGUACGGCGCUCUGCUACGAGUUUGGCUGGGGCGUCCGCGUUGAUGGAGGUCGUGCAGUCCAGUUCUACCGACAGGCCGCAUCAAAGAAUCACCCGGGCGCCAUGCUCCGUAUGGCCAAAGCUUGUCUGGCUGGUGAUAUGGGUUUGGGCAAGCGUUACCGCGACGGCAUCACUUGGAUGAAGCGCGCAGCAGAAUCCUCAGACUCACAGUAUAAUUCCGCGCCAUACGAACUAGGUGUCAUGCACGAGACCGGCUAUGGAGACGAUGUUUUCAUGGACGAGUCCUAUGCCGCGCAGUUGUUCACUAAAUCUGCAGAAUUGGGCCAUGUCGAGGCUGCGUACCGUCUGGGUGAUGCGUACGAGCAUGGUAAACUGAGUUGCCCGCGUGAUCCCGCGCUCAGCAUCCACUUUUACACAUCGGCUGCGCAGAGCGGACAGCAUCCACUUUCCAUGAUGGCGCUGUGUGCGUGGUAUCUCGUGGGCGCGGAGCCUGUGCUUGAGAAAGAUGAGAAUGAGGCGUACGAGUGGGCUACGCGUGCUGCUGCUCUUGGCCUUGCCAAGGCACAGUACGCUGUUGGCUACUUCACUGAGAUGGGCAUUGGCUGCCGUCGCGACCCGCUCGAGGCGAACGUCUGGUACGUCAAGGCCGCAGACCAGGGUGACGAGCGUGCCAAACAUCGUAUCGCAGCCAUUCGUGCCGCAGCCGACGGGGCGAAUCCAGCGCAUGCCGCUCGCUCUGGAGGGAGGUUCCGCAAGGGCGAUGCAAAUAGUCAAGGUAAGCCCUGA